ACUUUGCCUCCCAAACCCUGCACCCCAUCCAGCUACUCUUUCUUUUUUCUCCACAUUUUUUAAUUAAUAUUUUCAUUACUAGAAGGAGACCAAAAGCGUGUUUGAAACCUCAUUCUCCACAUUCUCCAAUUAUAAGCCACCUCAUAGAUCCCAAAAUUCAAACCCAGCUCAGAGUCUCACACUCACACGCCAUUUUCCAUUCUCAAAAGAUUAACAAAACUAUGCAAUCUAGAUUAACAAAACCAAAAACAUUACUACUCUUCUUCGCAGGUCUCUUAUUGCUUCCAUGUUCAUGUUUAUGCUCUUCCACCACCAACAAAGCCAAAAACGCCACCAUUAUUCCCCAUCAGUUUAAGGAAGCACCUCAAUUCUACAACUCCCCGGACUGCCCCUCCGUCAUGGACACCGACAGCGAUGACACUAACACGGACACGGACACGGACACGUACAUAUGCUCGGAAGAAGCAGUACACGUGGCAAUGACUCUAGACACAACAUACAUCCGAGGAUCCAUGGCUGCAAUCCUUUCAGUCCUCCAACACUCUUCCUGCCCACAAAACAUCUUCUUCCACUUCGUCUGCUCCUCCAACGCGUCACUCCUACGCGCCGCCAUCUCCAACUCCUUCCCUUACCUCAAGUUCCACCUCUAUCAUUUUGACAACGCCACCGUCUCCGGCCUCAUCUCCACCUCAAUCCGCUCCGCACUUGACUGCCCUCUUAACUACGCCCGCAGCUACCUUGCCAAUCUCCUUCCACUCUGCGUCCGCCGCGUCGUCUACUUGGACUCCGACCUCAUACUCGUCGACGACAUUGCGAAACUCGCAGCCACCCCACUAGGCCAAACGGCGGUUCUUGCAGCGCCGCAAUACUGCAACGCGAAUUUCACAGCGUACUUCACACAAACAUUCUGGUCGAAUCCUUCUCUGUCGCUUACAUUCGCGAACAGAGAGCCUUGCUACUUCAACACAGGGGUCAUGGUGAUCGAUCUGGAUCGGUGGCGCCAUGGGGAUUACACGAGGAAGAUCGAGGAGUGGAUGGAGGUGCAGAAGAGGACGAGGAUCUACGAGCUUGGUUCUCUGCCACCGUUUCUUCUUGUUUUCGCUGGAAAUAUUGCUACCGUGGAUCAUAGGUGGAACCAGCAUGGUUUGGGUGGUGACAAUUUUCGUGGUUUGUGCAGAGAUCUGCAUCCUGGUCCUGUGAGUUUGUUGCAUUGGAGUGGCAAAGGUAAGCCAUGGGUGAGGUUGGACGCUAAUAGGCCUUGCCCUUUGGAUGCUCUUUGGGCACCUUAUGAUUUGUUGCUCACUCCAUUUUCUCUUGAUUCUUGAAGCUAGCUAUCUAACAUGCUUCGAUUAUCAUUCACGUGUUUAUAAAAUUUUGGAUUAUUCGAUCUAUACAUAUAUACACAUAUACAUAAAUACAUAUAUAGGUACAUAUUAUGCGAUUUGAAGAAGGAGGAAGAGUGCAGAGAGGGUAACAAAGAUUCAGACAUGAAAGGUGAAGGUGACUAGUGAUGAUAGUAUGAUAUUCAUUUUCCAGCAGUGACGGAUAGAUAAUUGAUCCAAUUAAUAAUUGUCUACUCUGUUAUAUUACUGUUGUUGUAUCCAAUAACUGUGCAUAUCAUAAUAAUUCUCAAGUGCUCCUUAUUUUUAAGCUGGAUGCCUGAAUUAUACUUCUUAAAAAUAAUAAUAAAAUAAAGAAAUGUGUAGACAAUUAUUCAUA